AUGGACACCGCUGCCAACGGCAUCCAGGAGCCUUUCGAUCUCAUCAGGCUAUCACUCAGUGAACGUGUCUUUGUCAAGCUUAGGGGAGACCGAGAGCUUACAGGCAUUCUACAUGCCUACGAUGGACAUAUGAACCUGAUUUUGAGCGACGUGGAGGAGACCAUCAUGAUUGUAGACCAGCCUGAAGGUGGACCAGAAGAACAUAGCACUGUAAACAUCGCCAAACGGAAAAUGGACAUGCUCUUCGUCAGAGGAGAUGGUGUCAUAUUGGUCUCGCCACCGUCACGAACAUGA